AUGUUUACCACAUUAAGACGUCGCAUUCGUCGUGCGCUAUCCUCCCCUCGAUCCUCGCCGGCAAAGCCCCCUUCCCCGCCAUCGCGACCUCGCCCAGUGCUCACGGCGACAGACCUGCAAGCCUGGGUUGAUGAGCCAAACCUCUCACAAGCUGAGAUCGCUGCCCGUCGUGACUUGGCGGCAAAGAUGACAGCCGGGCCUCCAUCGGAGCAUCUCGUCUACCCGGGCGACUUGACCCUCAGCGAGUCGCCGCUCAGCAGCCUGCCACCCGGCUUUGAGGUGCAGGGCGGGCUGUACAUAUACAACUGUUUCGACCUGCAUCUGCCCGCCGGCCUUGUGGUCGGCGGCGACUUUACGCUCUCGUCGACUUGGUAUCGCACCCACUUCGUAGAACUGCAGAGCGACACAUAUGUGGGUGGCGACCUGAGCGUGUCAUCCACGGACUUGAAGGAAUUGCCUGAGCGUCUGGAGGUUGGCGGCAUCGCCAUCUUCUACGGGUGCAAAUCCUUGAGCUUAAAGAAUAUCCCGCCUAGUGUCACGAUCAAAGAGGGUGUCAUUAAAGUCACUGAUUGUGAAGAAGUGUGGGAGGAGUUUGAUUUGAAUCGUGACCUUGGAGAGCACUAUGGCACUAUUGAUUUCCCUCUCCGAGAUGCAUUGACGCUUCGUGUGUGCCUUGGCUGUCUGGCUUGA